AUGGCGACUUUCCUAGACAAUGCAUACAGCUUGGUGCACCAAGACAACACGGCCGACCAGCCGUCGGUGCAGGACCUCAAGAACCAGCUGGAAAAGGGCAACGACGAGUCCAAGCAAGACACCAUGAAGCGCAUCUUGACCAUCAUGCUCAACGGCGACCCAAUGCCCCAACUACUGAUGCACAUCAUCCGCUUUGUCAUGCCUUCCAAGAACAAACCUCUGAAGAAGCUGUUAUACAUGUACUACGAGGUCUGUCCCAAGCACGAUGCUGGCGGCAAGCUAAAGCAAGAGAUGAUUCUGGUCUGUAAUGGUAUCCGUAUGGAUCUACAGCACGCCAACGAGUACAUCCGCGGCAACACUCUCCGUUUCCUCUGCAAGCUCCGCGACGCCGAACUCAUUGAACCGCUUCUUGCACCCGCACGCCAAUGUCUCGAACACCGUCACUCAUAUGUCCGCAAGAAUGCUGUCUUCGCCAUUGCUUCCAUCUACCAACACAACGAGGCUCUCAUGCCUGACGCUCCCGAGCUUCUCCAGGCGUUCCUCGAGUCCGAAAGUGACGCCACUUGCAAGAGAAAUGCUUUCGCCGCUUUGAUCUCUAUCAGCCACGACCAGGCUCUUGAGUACUUGAGCUCCGUCUUCGAGGGUAUCCCCAACGCGGAUGAACUGCUUCAGCUUGUUGAACUAGAAUUCAUUCGCAAGGACGCCAUCACAAACUCUCAAAACAAGGCACGCUAUCUUCGUCUGAUUUUUGACCUUCUCGAGGCCAAAGAAUCCACUGUCGUCUACGAGGCUGCAUCUUCGCUCACAACUCUCACCAGCAACCCUGUCGCAGUCAAGGCAGCCGCUGCCAAGUUCAUUGAACUGAGCAUCAAAGAGUCGGAUAACAACGUCAAGCUGAUUGUCCUCGAAAAGGUCAACCAGCUGCGUCGCGUCAAUGAAGGCAUUCUGGAUGACUUGACCAUGGAGAUUCUGCGCGUUCUGUCUAGCCCCGAUCUAGAUGUCCGUAGAAAAGCCCUCAGCAUUGCCAUGGACAUGGUCUCAAGCAAGAACGUUGAGGAGGUUGUCCUGCUUCUCAAGAAAGAGCUGUCCAAAACUGUCGACGAGCAAUACGAGAAGAACAACGAGUACCGUUCCCUGCUCAUCCACUCCAUUCACCAGUGCGCCAUCAAGUUCUCCGAGGUUGCAGCCAGUGUCGUCGGCUUGUUGAUGGACUUUAUCGCCGAUUUCAACAACGCCUCUGCCGUCGAUGUCAUCCAAUUCGUUAAGGAGGUUGUCGAGAAGUUCCCCAAGCUCAGAGCGACAAUCGUUGGUCGCCUUGUUUCUACUCUUAGUGAAGUUCGUGCCGGAAAGGUCUACCGCGGUUCCCUUUGGAUUAUUGGUGAAUACUCUUUGGAAGCCAACGACAUUCGUGAAGCUUGGAAGCACAUUCGCGCUAGCUUGGGAGAGAUUCCUAUCCUUGCUUCUGAACAACGCCUUCUCGAGGAGCAACCUGACGGCGAGCCCAACUUGAAUGACCAGGUCAACGGAAACACAAAGGCUGCUCCAAGUGGUUCACGAAAGGUCCUUGCAGACGGCACAUACGCUACUGAGAGCGCCCUGACCAGUCAGUCCGCUGUCAAGGCCAAGCUGGAGGCUGUUAAGGCUGCUCAGAAGCCCCCGCUCAGACAACUCAUCCUCGACGGCGACUACUAUCUUGCAAGCGUUCUUGCCUCUACUUUGACCAAGCUUGUUAUGCGCCACAGCGAAAUCUCGGACGAUCAGGCCAGAACAAACGCUCUUCGUGCUGAGGCUAUGCUUAUCAUGAUUUCUAUCAUCCGCGUCGGACAAUCGCAAUUCGUCAAGCACCCUAUCGACGAGGACUCUAUCGACCGCAUCAUGUCUUGUGUGAGAUCACUGGCAGAGUUUGCGCAGAAGCGCGAGCUCGAGAACGCCUUCCUUGACGACACCAGGAAAGCGUUCAGAGACAUGGUCAACGUUGAAGAGAAGAAGCGUGCCGAGAAGGAUGCUCUCACCAAGGCCAAGAACGCAAUCCAGGUCGAUGAUGUGGUUUCCAUCCGACAACUUAGCAAGAAGAAUGCCGUCGAUGGCGCUGAUGAAAUUCAACUUGACCUUGAGAAGGCCACUGGUGGUGACUCUGCAACAGAAGAUCUCAGCUCAAAACUCAGCCGUGUUGUGCAGCUUACUGGUUUCUCGGAUCCCGUAUACGCAGAGGCAUACGUCCAAGUUCACCAAUUUGACAUUAUCCUUGACGUCUUGCUUGUUAACCAGACUCAGGACACUCUUCAGAACCUCUCAGUAGAGUUCGCUACUCUUGGUGACCUGAAGGUUGUCGAAAGACCUACUACACAAAACCUCUCAGGACUGGACUUCCUCAACGUCCAGGCUACUAUCAAGGUGUCUUCCACAGAUACUGGAGUCAUCUUCGGAAACGUCGUCUAUGAGGGUGCCUCAUCAACAGACCAAAAUGUCGUCAUCUUGAACGACGUUCACGUUGACAUUAUGGACUACAUUCAACCAGCUCAAUGCUCAGAGACACAAUUCAGAACCAUGUGGACCGAGUUCGAGUGGGAGAACAAGGUCAACAUCAACACAAAGAUGCCAGCCGGCAAGGGUCUGCGCGACUUCUUGAAGGGAUUGAUGAAGGUCACAAACAUGAGCUGUCUGACACCGGAUGCCAGUCUCAGCGGAGACUGUCAAUUCUUGAGCGCCAACUUAUAUGCUAGGAGUGUCUUCGGCGAGGAUGCUUUGGCCAACCUCAGUGUCGAGCAAGAAGGCGAAAACGUCACCGGCUUCGUACGGAUAAGAAGCAGAUCACAGGGACUGGCACUCAGUCUCGGCUCACUCAAGGGCUUGAACAAGAUUGGCGACUAUGUUUGA